UCAAUCGAUUACGCUCUUUCGUCUGGCCCGUCACCUUUAACCACUAGCACAAAACCACGUCGGCCGUAUCCUCCGGCCGCCAGGAACAGCCACACAUUACACACACAUAUAUAUAUACAUAUACUAUAUAUAGAGAGAGAAAAUCUCCGAUGGGUACCGGCGGCGUCGCCACCGACUCGGGGGCCGUAGAUCGAGACACCUCUCCCCUUCUGACCACAAACCCUUCCACCAAUCCCAAAAUCCCCAACGACUCCUUCCACUUGGCCUACUGUAUCUACUUCACACUCGGCACCGGCUACCUCCUCCCAUGGAACGCCUUCAUCACCGCCGUCGAUUACUUCUCCUACCUCUACCCCGACGCCUCCGUCGACCGCAUCUUCGCCGUCGUCUACAUGAUCGUCGGCCUGAUCUGCCUCCUCUUCAUAGUCGCCUAUUCAAACAAGUCCAACUCCUCGGUUCGGAUCAAUGUCGGUCUCGGCCUCUUCGUGGUGGCCCUCCUCGUCGUACCCGUCAUGGACGUGACCUACAUUAAGGGCCAGACUGGGCUGUACGCUGGGUUCUAUGUCACGGUGGCUGCGGUGGCGCUUUCGGGUCUCGCCGACGCGCUGGUGCAGGGUGGGGUCAUUGGGGCCGCUGGAGAGUUGCCGGAGAGGUAUAUGCAGGCCGUCGUGGCAGGGACUGCGGCUUCAGGAGUCCUUGUUUCAUUUCUAAGGAUCUUUACCAAAGCUGUAUAUUCACAAGACACUCAAGGACUGAGACAAAGUGCAAAUCUUUAUUUCAUUGUCAGUAUUGUCGUGAUGAUCAUAUGUACUGUUUUCUACAACGUGGCUCCUAGACUUCCAGUUAUAAAGUACUAUAACGAGUUGAAGAUACAGGCUGUAAAUGAGGAAAGAGAAGAGAAAGGUGUCCUGGCUGAGGCACUAUGGAGAUCGGCCCUGUGGGACAUUGUGGGGAGGGUGAAGUGGUAUGGGUUUGGGAUCCUCAUCAUCUAUGUCGUUACAUUGUGUAUAUUUCCGGGUUAUAUUACAGAGGAUGUGCAUUCCCAGAUUCUCAAGGAUUGGUACCCAAUUCUCCUAAUUACCGGCUACAAUGUGUUUGAUCUGGUUGGCAAGUCUGUGACUGCACUCUAUACCCUUGAGAAUGCAAAGGUUGCAAUUGGUGCUUCUUUCGCCAGGUUGCUGUUUUUGCCCCUCUUCUUAGGUUGCUUGCAUGGUCCUAGCUUCUUUCGAACGGAGAUUCCAGUGACAGUGUUGACAUGCCUUUUGGGCCUUACCAACGGCUACUUGACCAGUGUGUUAAUGAUUUUGGCUCCCAAAAUUGUGCAGCUACAACAUGCAGAGAGUGCGGGAAUUGUGAUGGUUUUGUUCCUAGUUGUUGGCCUGGCAAUUGGUUCAGUUAUAUCUUGGUUUUGGGUCAUAUGAUCCAUCUUUCAAUUUGUUUGAAAUCAACUCUUAUUAGGACUCUUCUGUUCAAUAUUGUUUCUUUUCCACUGCAAUGCUUACUGAAGAAUGGGUGGUUGUAAGUGAACAUAUUCUUAUGGUUCAAUUACAACUUGAAGUGUACAUUGAUGGUUAAAUACAACUUGAUAAUGUGCAAUGGUGGCUAUCAUGUUUGAAGACUA